UCUGUAGGAAGCUAAAUACAAAAUACUCUUUAGUGGCGUUUCCACUGCGUUAUAAUUCGUUAUAUUCCUACGUCCACGUUAUUCGUCGUCAAAUGGUCGUAGGAACGUAACGGAACGAAAUCAUGUCGCAUCAUGUUGGAUUUUCCGCUGAAUUAACGGUGAUACGAUUGAGCACAGCGCCUAGAAUUGCAAAGUGCAAAUAGAAAGAAAUCAAAAAUAGUUCGAGUAAAUAAACACAAAAAAAAAUCGCAAAGUUCCACACACAAAGCUAAAGUAAAUGGGCAUAAAUCUUGUGGCAAGCCGUCCGUCAGUAAAUCAUUAAAUUAGUAGCCCCACCAACACACUCGCACCCAUACAUCUGUUGUGUUGUGUGUGUGUGCCCCUGUGCGAAAGAAGAAGACGCUGAAGGAAGUGAAAUUGGCGGCAGUUUGACCGCAACAACAACAACAACAAAACCGACAACAAAAACAACUCUUGCAACACACACACACACUCACGCACAAAAUUGAUUCGCGUUCGUCAUCAGUCGUCGGUUUCGGUCCUUCCCGUCCCGCUUCCCUUUCCCCCCUGCCGCCACCCCCCAGAGACCCGUGAACCAUUGUGACAUUUGAUUUAUUUGACGUGUGUGUUUUUGAUAGAAGCCCAACACGAAACUGACACGCACACACACGCUCCCUCUUAGAGAGACGCCGAGAAUAUUUGUACAAUAUUUGGUGAAACGAAAAUAAAAUCAGUAUUUUUUUUGCGCGCAUUGUAUGUUUUGGAAGUGAACACAAAUAAUAUACAAAACACAAGAACAAAUCUCUCGCUAUCGAUGAGCAGACGGAAUUAAUUGUUAAUCUAAGCGAUCCGUUCGGAAAGUGAGACCCGAAAAAAUUCAACAAAAUGAUGCUUCACGAGGCUGUCAUGCUGGAAAUCUAUCGCCAGGCGUUGAGUGCAAGUGAGUUGGCCAGUCCACGCUGCCAGUCCAGGGAGUCCACCGCUUCAGCCGGAGUCGGAGCAGCACCUGGCGAUGCGCGUUGUCCCUCCAAUGAAUCCCACUGUUCGGCAAACGAUUGUUUGACUCCGGCUCCGACGCCCACUCCAACGGCCACGUCCACCUCGCCGCACUCGGUGGGCCUCCCGCUGACCGCCACACUUCCCCCAGCUGCAGCGGCUCUGCUGCCCCCGCAGUCUGCUGCGAUGGCCGCAUACCUGGCUGCCGCCCAGCAGAAUCACCUGCUCCUCACAAAUCCUCUGGCGGCAGCAGCGUCUCUGGUCCAGCAGGCGACUCAACAAGCGGCGGCGGAGGAUGGGGAGCCGCCGGCCCUGGAUUUCAGCAGAAAGCGUCCGACUAGUGACGGCGAGGAGGAGGAGGAGGAGGAAGAGGAGCAGGAGCAGGAACCAGAUCCCGAGACGGAUGUUCAGGGUGACAAUGGUCCAUUGGACCUCUCCGUUAGCACAAGGAAGAGGGAAGGUGACAGGGAUUCCCCGCCCCCCAGAAAGAUUCCAAGGAGUAUCUCCUCUGAAUACAAAUCGCCUCUGCCACCUGGCAGUUGGGUGCCACCCAUCAAUCCUUACCUGGCGGCUGUGGCAGCCAAAACCGGUGGAUUGGGUGGCUCAAAGAUGGUGCCCAACGAGGCCAGCAAGGCGCUGGAGAAAAUGACAGAGAUGAGCCGCCUGGAAACUUCCCCACCAAUAAUGAGUAGGAGCUCAGGCAUCACAUCCUCCCCGGGUUCGGGAUCGGGAGCGGCGGCAGGAGGCGGUGGCAGUGGUGGAUCCAGCUCUGGUGGUCGUCACAGUGCCUGGCAAUCGCAUUGGCUAAACAAAGGCGCGGAUGCAGCCAAGGAUGUGUUUAAGUGUGUGUGGUGCAAGCAGAGCUUCGCUACCUUGGCCAGCCUCACCACCCACAUGAAGGAGACGCAGCACUGCGGUGUGCAGAUACCCUCGCCGUCGUCGUCAUCCGGAGGAGUGAGUGCUUCCGCAGCUCCCCCACCAUCCAGAAUACCCGCGAAUUCCGCCUCAAACUCUGCCUGCUCCAGCAGCAGUAGCUCCACGUCCAGCUCGUCCAACUCCUCAAAGUCUGAGCUAAAUAUGCUGAUCAAGGAAACGAUGCCGCUGCCUAGGAAACUGGUUAGAGGUCAGGAUGUUUGGCUGGGAAAGGGCGCGGAGCAAACACGUCAGAUCCUCAAGUGCAUGUGGUGCGGCCAGAGUUUCCGUUCUCUGGCCGAGAUGACCAGCCACAUGCAGGAGACGCAGCACUACACAAAUAUUAUCUCCCAAGAGCAAAUAAUAUCCUGGAAAUCGGGAGAUGAGAGAGAAAGACCCUCGAAUGGUGCCGGCUCGGCAGCUGGUGUGGCUGCGCCCUCAACUGGUCCUCCUUCCUCUUCGUCCAGUGGAACAGCCGCCUCGGUCAGUGCCGUGCUCACGUGCAAGGUUUGCGAUCAAGCUUUUGGGACCCUGAAGGAACUGAGUACGCACAUGGCCCAGCAGUCACACUACAAGGAGUCGCCAUCGUCUUCCGUUUCACCACCAGCUCCAGGUUCUGGAAACUCGAAAAAGGGCCGGCAAAAUCGCAAUGAGAAGCGGAAAAAGUCGCUGCCGGUGAGAAAGCUUCUGGAGCUCGAAAGAUCGGGCUCAAAUUCUAGUCUAGAUUCUGCAUUGAAACCACUAAGGGAUUUCGCAGCCGCCACCAAAAUCACCUGCGAGAAGUGCGGCAGUAAAAUAGAAACCGCACUUUUCGUGGAGCACAUAAGGAAGUGCUUGGGCGAGAGUAUACCGAUUCCGCCCAGACGAUCUAAUCAGGGAUUGGAUCGCCUGCCUAGCCCUAGUUCAGGAUUGGGUGGUGAGAAGCCACCUUCAGUUUUGAAUGCACUAGAGCAACUUAUCGAGAAAAGCUUUGAAUCGAGGGGCGGAAGAACGAUGACGCCAGGUGGCUAUUCCGAAGCAGGGACACCACUGGGAGCUAGUAUCCUUAAGCGCUUGGGCAUCGAUGAUAGCAGUGACUAUACAAAGCCUCUGAUGGACGCCCAGGCAAUACACCUGCUGCGUUCCUCCUACGGUUCCAGGGAUCGCAGUGCCAGUGAAUCUAGCUCGGCCAGCAGAGUGGAAUCCUCCUACACGCCGGACAGACAGCAAGCAACGCCACGAAGAACACCGGAUACACCAGCGGCGCCACCACCACCGCCGCCGCCUACCAUUAAGGCGGAACCUGUGGAGACGGAUCCUUCGGUCUGUGAAGAUCGGGAGGUUAGUAGUAGUCCUCGGCAGCAGAUCCAUGUGAAGAAGGAGUUCAGCAUGGAGGCUAAUCCGGAGAGUCCUGGAACUCAGACUCCAAAGGCUGGAGCAGACAGUGGCAGCUUGUUGGCCUUGAAUUCCAUGUUCGAUCAGCUGAGUGGUGUGGAGACCAACAACAACAAUAACAAUACGGGUCACUAUAACAACAACAAUCCAUCGAACAACAAUAUCUCAACCAAGAAACCAAAGGCCCAUCCCCUGGCCGCUCUACAGAAACUCUGCGACACAACGGAUCCACCUGCCUCGAACACUCGCAGUGGUACCUCCAGCGGAUCGGCAUCCGCUUCAGCUGGGAUCCCCUCCACCAACGGCAAUGACCUUGUGGCCUUCAGUUGGGCCUGCAAUGAGGCCGUUUUGAGUGCCAGCAGUGGCGGAGGCUCCGGCGGCGACUCGUCCAUCAUCAAGUGCUCCUUCUGUGAUACGCCGUUCGGGUCGAAGGGCGCCUACCGCCACCACUUGUCCAAGGUGCACUUUGUGAAGGAUGCGGGCGAGGAGUCCCCCAGGCUCAAGUCGCCAGCGGCCCAGAGCCCGAAAUCAGUGCCAAUGGCUUCGCCCAAGAGAUCUGCUUCCAGAAGUCCGGCCACGCAGUCUGGCCUGCAGCAGCCUGCUCUAUCGCCAACUAUCAAUCCCUAUGACGAGAGUCCGCAGUCCAAGUUCCUCAAGUAUACGGAGCUGGCCAAGCAGUUGUCCUCGAAAAAUGCCUAGGAAUCUCAUUAGGAGAAGGGGAAAAUCUAUGGGGUUCCCCACAUACAUUUUUGUUGAUUAAAAAUCAUUUGAAAGGGCACACAAAAGUAUGCAACACUAUGUUGCGCCACCCCGAAAAGGUUAAUUCUAGGCCAAAUAUUGUAAAUUUCAAAUUCAUUGGCAUUCUU